AUGGCUCCUCACAUCAGCUGCUUCAUUUUGGCACUGCUGUCUUCUGCCAGCUGUAGUGUCCUCGCCCCUUUGAAUCAGAUGUGCACUGAGCAAGAAGCCAAUGUGACAUACAACUGUGAAAAUCUAGGUCUCAGAGAAAUUCCUGACAAUAUACCAAACACAACAGAAUUUUUGGAAUUUGGCUUUAAUUUCUUGCCUGCAAUUCAAAAUUCAACUUUCAUCAGACUCAUAAAUCUUGUCUUUUUGGAUUUAACCAGGUGCCAGAUUAACUGGAUACAUGAAGACACUUUUCAAAGACAUCAUCAACUAAGCACUCUCGUGUUGACUGGAAAUCCCCUCAUCUUCAUGGCAGAAACAUCAAUUACUGGGCCCAUAUCUCUGAAGCAUCUUUUCUUAACCCAAACAGGAAUAUCCAAUCUUGACUUUAUUCCAGUGCACAAUCUGGAAAACUUAGAAAGUUUGCAUCUUGGAGGCAACCAUCUUUCCUCCAUUAAGUUCCCUAAAAAUUUCCCAACACAGAAUCUGAAAGUACUGGAUUUUCAGAAUAAUGCUAUCCAUUACCUUUCCAGUGAGGAUAUGGGAACUCUAAAACAGGCCACCAACCUGAGCCUUAACUUCAAUGGCAAUGACAUUAAAGGCAUUGAGCAUGGGGCUUUCCAUUCAAAAGUUUUCCAAAGUCUGAAGUUUGGAGGGUCUCUUAACUUGUCUGUUAUAUUAACUGGUUUGCAGAACUCUACUACCCAAUCUCUCUGGUUAGGGACAUUUGAGGACAUUAUUCAUGAAGACAUUUCUUCAGCCAUGUUUGAAGGACUUUGUAACAUGUCUGUUGAGAGUAUCAACCUGCAGAAGCACCGUUUCUCUGACUUCUCACCUGCCACAUUCCAGUGUUUCACGCAGCUUCAGGAAUUGGAUCUGACUCAAACUCACUUGAGCAUGUUACCCUCUGAGAUUAAGGGUAUGAACUCUCUCAAGAAAUUAGUUCUCAAUGUAAAUAAUUUUGACCAGUUGUGUCAAAUCAGUGCUGCUAGUUUCCCUUCCCUUACUGAUCUUUAUAUCAAAGGCAACUCGAAGAAACUUGAACUUGGUGUUGGUUGUAUAGAGAAACUAGAAGAUCUGCAGAAACUUGACUUAAGUCACAGUAACGUAGAGGCUUCCGACUGCUGCCAUCUGCAGCUCAAAAACCUGUUCCACCUGCAAUACCUAAACCUGAGCUACAAUGAUGCCUUGGGUCUCCCUAGUAAGGCGUUCAAAGAGUGUCCUCACCUAGAAGUCCUAGAUUUGGCAUUUACACACUUGCAUGUUAAUGUUCCCCAAAGUCCUUUCCAAAAUCUUGACCUUCUGCAGGUUCUGAAUCUCUCUCACUGCCUCCUUGAUACUAGUAAUCAGCACCUGCUAACAGGCCUGCGGGAUCUCCGCUAUCUUGACUUCCAGGGCAAUAAAUUUCCAGAUGGGAGCAUCCCAAACACCAAUCCAUUUCAGACAGUGGGCACUUUGGAAGUUCUCAUUUUGUCCUACUGUGAUCUCUUCUCCAUAGACCAGCAAGCAUUCCAGAGCCUUCAAAAAAUAAGUCAUUUAGACUUAAGCCACAACAGUUUGACAGGCAUGAGCAUCGAGGCACUCAGCCACCUAAAGGGGAUCUACCUCAACUUGGGUGCCAACAGCUUGGACACCAUCCCUCCCCAUGUCCUCCCCAUCUUGUCACAGCAAAGCACCAUCAAUUUAAGUUACAAUCCCUUGGACUGCACUUGCUCAAAUAUUCAUUUCAUAACAUGGUACAAAGAAAACCUGCAAAAACUGGAGGGCUCUGAGAAGACUGUGUGUGCAAACCCCCCAUCUUUAAAGGGAGUUAAGCUGUCUGAUGUAGAAUUGUCCUGUGUCAUUACAAAAAUGGGCAUUUUCUUUCUUGUGAUGUUUUUAUUCUUAUUCAUGCUUUUUCUCGUUUGUUUAAUUAAAAUCAUUCUCAGGAGGAAAUACCAGCACAUUUAG